AUGGUAGACCUUGCACCAGUCUAUAUCGAGUCUGCGGACCCACGCGCAAAAGCCACCGUUACCUUGCACAAGCUUUGCGACACUUGUCGAUUGAUAUCUGAAGAACUAGCAGGCGGGGCCGGCGGCUGGAUCAGACAUCUUCACCACGACGAACUGCACCACAGCAGCUUGGCUGACUUGCAACAAAGUGCUGCAGGAUGCCAUCUAUGCUCCAUCAUUCUGAGCAAAUGGUCUCACCGUAAACCGCCCAGCCCAAAAUCGCACGAGUUCGAUGAUUGGGAUCCCGCUCGACCUUUGUUGGAAAAGUUCGUCCUGAGGUUGUACGAUGGCAUGCUCAGGCACCAGCAGCCGUCAAUGCAACUAAUGUCAAUCGACGGCUACGGAAUCAAGAAGUUUAAUGCUCAGAUAACUUUUUAUUGGUACGGGGCCGACAAAGAAAAGUCAAUCGAGUACAAAACCCUGCGCGAGUCGAGCCACAAGGCAGAUUUAACAACAGCUGGAAACAAAACCUUUGUGCUCGCAUCAUUCUGGCUGCAGAAUUGUCUGCAGAAGCACGCAAAAUGUCGCAAAGGACAGGAACAAAUCGGCAGAUCGAGCAGCCCGGCGAGACUGCUUUUCCUCGGGACGCCAGGUAUAAUCCGCGUGGUUGCAGUUCCGCAGAGGGCGACACGCAACCGACCAAUGCCGUCAUAUAUCACUCUCAGCCAUUGCUGGGGAGGAGCUUCGGUGCUCAAGCUUACAUCUGCUACCAAGCAAGAGCUCACCAGAGGAGUGCCGGUCGAUCGCCUUCCCAAGACGUUUCGAGAUGCCGUAGAGUCUACGUUACGUUUGGGCUAUCAACAUAUCUGGAUCGACUCCUUGUGCAUCAUCCAGGACUCGACAGAAGAUUGGGCACAGCAAUCAGCCAUCAUGGGCCAGAUUUAUCGUGGCUCCGUCUGCACCAUCGCGGCGACUGCAUCAAGCAACAGUCUCGAGGGUUGCUUUGUGCAGUGUAAGCCAUUGUCGCACCACGACUGCAAAAUGACCGAGAAGAACGGCUGGGUGGCAUAUGCGCGCGCCGACAAGGGAGAAGCAGAGCCCGACUUCAGGCCCCUGGAUACUCGUGGAUGGGUGUUUCAAGAGGACUUGCUUUCGCCACGCACUUUAUCUUUCUGCCACUCUGGGAUCGAGUGGUCUUGCCUCGAAAAAAAGGCAAAAGACUACGCCUCGUGGCAACGGCUCGCAGACCAUGAUCGCAUGGAAGAGCGUUAUCACUUUGGCCUGGACACAGCCAAGGCCGACUUCAACGAUCUGUGCCUAGAGUAUUCCAACAUACUCAGCAUCGAAGCAAAACACUACCCUUCCUUUCACGCGCGCUGGUGGGAGCUCCUGCAGCGGUACUCGCGACUGAAUCUGACCUUUGGGUCCGACAAACUGGCGGCCGUACACGGCGUCAUCGAGACCUUGGCGUCUUAUACAGGUCUGAAGAGUGUCGGUGGCCACUGGAUGCAAAUGCUACCUCAUGACCUUUUGUGGAUUGCUGGGUUUAGCCAGUAUGAUAGGCACAGCUGUGUCCGACCUGUAGACUACUGGAAGAGGGCACCGAGCUGGAGUUGGGCAAGUAUCGACGGGCCGGUGGUUUUCAUAUUCCUCCCUAGCCAGACGCACCAACAUGGCAGGGACGCGGAGAGGUACAGCACCGAUCGCUUGAUAGUUGCUGAGGUGAUUGAUGUGACGGCGCCACCCGCAAUUCAGCCUAGGGGCAGCGUCGCCAUUCCGGGUCGCAUAGUCAUGUCGACCCCCCUGUUUCGCUGCAGAUGGUGGACCAACCGACCGAAACGGCCAUUCUACCCUGGUGGAGGUCGGACAUGGUGGUAUGCAGAUGAUAGUUCGGUGAAGCUAUGGGGGAGGUAUCUGUGGCUAGCCAUGAUAUUACGAACAAAGAGGACCAAUGAUCACCCCUGCGACAGUCCCUGGGGUGAGGGCACCAUGGAGCGUGUCGAGAGGGGGGUCAAGUUGGUGAUUGAUGAAGGCUUAGUGCUGGCUAGGAAGGGUGAGCAGUUUGAGUUUGAGCGAGUAGGGAUAUUUUCGCAGCAGUAUUGGGAGGACGAGUCCAAAAAAGACUUUGUGUUUUUCCGCCAGGAUGGAACCCAGCGAACAGAAAUUACUAUCUUCUAG